AUGACUGCCAAAUUAAUAGCAAGACGCGGACAGCUCAAAGGCGUAUUAACACGGUUCGGGAGCUACGUUUCCGCUGAAGAUAGCGACAUCGAGCAAAUUCUUGUUAGAAAAGAAAAAAUUGAAGAGGUCUGGCAAGAAUUUAAUCAGGUUCAAUCUGAAUUAGAAUUGGAUGAGCAAAAUGACAGCGAGGAUCUGUGUAAUUAUAGAAUUGAGUUCGAAGAAUCAUAUUUUAAAGCGAUCGCUACAGCCAAUAAAAAGAUUCAACGAGAACAAAAUACGAGUAGCAUUACGACUCUUCAACGGGAAGAUAAUCUGAAAGAAGAAAACAGUAAUAAGGAAUGUUGCAGAGCCACUCCGAUUAUAAAAUUAGCCGCUUUAAAUGUCCCUACGUUUACGGGUUCAUAUACUGAGUGGGCAUCAUUUUACGACAUAUAUACAUCGUUAAUACAUAACAACGACAACCUAUCCACAAUACAAAAAUUUUUCUACCUGCGAUCGUCAUUAGCGGAAGGUGCUGCCGAUUGUAUAAAAAAUAUUGAAACUACGUCAAACAAUUAUCAAAGUGCGUGGAAUAAUUUAAUUACGCGUUACAAUAAUAAAAAACUGUUGGUGCAGACUCACGUCAAGGCUAUAUGUGAUUUACCUGCUAUUAAAAAUAAAUCUUCAGCGAGUUUACGGCAAUUUUCUGACGCGUUACAUAGUCAUUUAUCGGCAUUGAAAGCACUAGGUCAACGACCUGAUGAUUGGGGUCCGUUAUUGCUACAUAUCAUUAAUACAAAGAUGGAUACGGAUACAAUUAGCGAUUGGGAAUUAAAAACCCCUCGGGACGAACUACCUAAAGUUAUCGAAUUGCUCGAUUUUUUGGAUUCGCGUUUCCAUAUUUUAGAAGCAGUUGAAUCGGCUAAACAUAUGAACAAAGCAUCAAAUAGCGUAAACGAUAAUAAAAAUACUAAUCGAAAAAACAAAUUCGACAAAAAUAGUGUAUCAUUCGCGGCAACUUCGGAGGUACAGUGUUAUGUGUGCAACUCAUCACACACAAUAUAUAAAUGUCCUGCGUUCAUAGCAUUGGCGAUCGGCGAUCGCAUUAAAAAAACAACCGAACUUGGACUUUGUAAAAUAUGUCUACGUCGGCAUGAGAAGAAGAAAUGUCUUGCGCGACACUGCUUUAAGUGUGGAAAACCACAUAACACGUUGUUACACAUAGUUACGGAGUAUCAGAAAGCUUCUGCACCUGUUAGUGAAAAGAAUAAAGUUGCCACUGAAGUGCAGGUAUCGUCACCGGUGACUACUUCAGUUAACGCACACGUAUCAACAACAACGGAACAUGUUUUAUUAUCUACAGCAUUGGUAUCAGCGGUGAAUAUAAAAGGAAGUAUGAUACCAUGUCGAGUACUAUUGGAUUCCGGUUCCCAAACGAAUUUUAUAACUGAAGAAUUAGCGCAAACGUUAAAAUUAAAAAAAAUUAAAAUUGAACAUUUAAUUAACGGUAUCGGCGAAACGUCACAACGCGUGACCUCCGCGGUUUGGGGAGCAAUUAAAUCACGUAUGAAUAAUUAUACAUUGAAUUUACGAAUGGUGGUAGUACCCAAAAUCACUGGACAUCUACCAAAUAAGAAGGUGAACGCGAAAUAUAAUAUUCCCGACGGUAUAAAAUUAGCAGAUCCGUUAUUCUAUUCACCACAAAAAAUUGACAUCUUAAUAGGUGCCGAACACUUUUUUGAUAUUCUAUGUGAAGGAAAAAUACGUCCAAAUCCUAACGGCCCGUUAUAUCAAAAAACAACGUUUGGUUGGGUAGCUUCCGGACCAGUCACAAUAAAUCAACGUGAAAAUGCAAUGAUCACGAGUACAACAUUUUACACAACUGAAAGCGGGCCAACGUUAGAAAAUCUGUUACAAAAAUUUUGGAUCAUCGAAGAACCAGGAAAUAACGUCACACACACGCAAGAGGAACGAGCAUGCGUAGACCAUUUUAAUAAUACGGUUACGCGAUGUAAAUUUGACGGACGUUUCAUAGUUCAACUACCUUUCCGCGAGAACGCAAAACGAUUGGGAAAAUCAUAUGAAAUUGCAAAACGACGGUUAUUAGCCAUGGAGAGAAAAUUCGAAAACAACAGUGAAUUGAAGAUAGAAUAUCACCGUUUUAUGAAGGAAUACGAAGAAUUAGGCCAUAUGGAACUAGUAAAAGACGGAGAAGACGAAAUUGAAGGUGAAACGUGCUAUCUGCCACAUCAUGCAGUGAGGAAAGAAUGCAGCACGUCGACAAAACUACGCGUUGUAUUCGACGCAUCGUGCAAGACACAGUCAGGUGUAAGUCUAAACGAUACACUAUUAAAAGGACCUGUCAUUCAGGAUGACAUCAUAUUUAUAUUAGCGCGGUUCCGAACACACAAGUACGUCUUAUCAGCCGAUGUAGAAAAAAUGUAUCGGCAGAUUUGGGUAUCAGAGCCGCACCGCAAUAUGCAGCGCAUAUUGUGGCGAACAAGUCCAGAUGCACCUAUACGGACUUAUCGAUUAAAGACGGUCACAUACGGUACGGUACCAGCUUCGUAUCUGGCUACCGCAUGCUUCAAACAUUUGGCCGAAACGCACCAAGAACAACAUCGUGAGGGGGCGGAAGCUAUCGUGCGUGACUUCUAUAUGGAUGACUUCUUAGGAGGUGCGGAAACUAAUGAGAAGACCGCCGAACUUUUAGUACAACUUACUACACUAUUAAAUACUGCCGGUAUGAAGUUACGAAAGUGGUCAUCAAACGAUAUUAGUUUGAUUAAAUCAAUAGUACCCGAGGAAGACAUUGAAUUAUCUAAUGAUUUCGAAAGCGAUAGUACGGUAAAAAAAAUCUUGGGACUAUUUUGGGACGCCAGCUCUGACGAAUUAAGAUAUAAAGUUCCACUGUUACCAAGUUGUGCAGAAUACACGAUUACGAAACGGAAGAUGCUAUCGGAUAUAGCAUCAAUUUUUGAUCCUUUAGGCUUGGUGGGACCGGUAGUCAUACGGGCAAAGAUAUUAUUACAGUCUUUGUGGCGAGAAAAAAUCAAUUGGGACGAGGCAGUACCAGAUUUUAUGCAGGAAGAGUGGCGUAAAUAUUGCGAAUCGAUUCCGUCAUUAAAUAAUUUGGUCAUACCACGUAAAAUUGCAGGUGAUUUAAUUAACGACAAAGUAGAGAUACACGGAUUUUCAGAUGCCAGCGAAGUGGCUUACGGUUGCUGUCUAUACUUGAGAUGCAUAAAUAGUGACGGUGCAUGUUCUACUAGUUUAAUAUGCGCUAAAUCCAAAGUAGCCCCAAUAAAGUCAUUGUCUAUUCCACGCUUAGAAUUAUGUGCCGCCUUGUUGUUAGUACGUGUAGCAACCACAUUAUUACCUAAGUUACAAAUAAAUAUACAGCGAAGAUACUUUUGGACUGAUUCGACUAUCGUAUUAUCUUGGAUUGCAUCGCCGUCUGCGAAGUGGAAGACCUUUGUAGCAAAUAGAGUGAGUGAAAUACAAGACAAAUCUUUACAGUCUGAGUGGCGCCAUGUUAGAACGAACGAUAAUUCCGCCGACGUAAUUUCAAGAGGCUGUUGUCCAUCAAAGUUGGUUGAAAACGAUAUGUGGUGGUCCGGUCCGUCCUGGUUAUGUCAAAAUGAGCGCGAAUGGCCAGAACCACCGAAGAACACGUCAUCAAACGAGUCCAUCGCAGAUGAUAGUACGAUAGAGAUGAAGAAAGACAAGACGUUCGCUAUGGUGGUGUCAGUAUCACCUGAAACAAUUCUACAUCGUUUCUCAUCGUUCUCAAAAUGCAUACGUGUAACCGCAUGGUGUUUACGGUUCAAAAAUAAUACAUUACUUAAAAAUUUGAAAUUUAGCGGAUCGCUUAGUCCGCGUGAAUUGGAUAACGCAACUACGACAUUAAUAAAAACAAUACAAGCAUCUUAUUUCGCUAGUGAGCUACGCGAGUUAAAAAAGGGAAACUGCGUCCUACCGAAAAGUAAACUAUUGCGUCUACGUCCCUUCUUGGACGAAAAUGAUUUAAUACGCGUCGGUGGUCGUUUGAAAAAUGCUUCAACAAUUGAUAUACAGCACCGGCACCCGAUUGUCCUGCCAGCCGAUUGCACAUUUACUAAAAUAUUAUGCCGCGAACAACAUGAACGCUUGAUGCACGGCGGACCACAAGCGGUGUUAGCAGCAAUACGUCUGAAGUACUGGCCGAUAAAUGCACGUAAUUUGAUUCGCAGUUUAAUACAUAAAUGUGUCGUAUGUUUUCGUAGUAAGCCAAUAACCGUAGAACCGAUUAUGGGAAAUUUACCUAGUGAUCGCGUCGUGCCCGGACGUCCGUUUAUUAAAUGUGGUGUAGAUUUCGCUGGACCAUUUUUUAUAAAAAGUAGUCUAUUACGUCGAGCCCCAGUAGUUAAGUCGUAUGCAUGUGUGUUCGUUUGCUUUUCUACCAAAGCGGUUCACAUUGAAUUGGUUAGCGAUCUCACUACACAGUCGUUCCUAAAUGCAUUAAAUAGAUUUUUUGACAGGCGCGGAAGGAGCUCCGCGAUAUAUUCGGACAACGCGACUAACUUCGUCGGCGCGAAUAAUAAGCUUAAAGAACUACGUCAACUUUUCCAAUCGAAGCAACAUUUAAAUAAUACCGAAAAGGCAUUAGCCGACAUAGGUGUUACAUGGCAUUUUAUUCCUCCGCGUUCACCGCAUUUCGGUGGGUUGUGGGAGGCAGCGGUGAAGUCCAUGAAAUCGUUGUUGGGAAAAUUAUUGGGCAACGUAAAUCUGACAUUCGAAGAAUUAGCCACUCUCCUAACACGCGCUGAGAAGCAUUUUAAACUCUCGCCCUCUAACUCAACUAUCCUCUGA